AUGGCAAAUCUCACAGAGUCUGCGAUGCUCGACCAGUUAUCGGGGACGAUGAUGGAGGAGCGUCAGCGAAACCUGGGACCCAUCUUGAUGGCGGCCACGGCUUUGGUUGUGGUGUUGCUGUCUAGCAUGGCCCGCUACCUGAAGUCAGUUUCCAAGCAAGUGAACCUCGCCAGCUUCUUGGGCAAGCCCCUUCGAAACAUACCGCAAGUCACUGGAUAUCCGCUUCUUGGAAUCCUUCCUCAAAUGUGCAGGGAAGGACUCUACUCUUCGGCCAUGAAGUCUCUCUUCGACGCUGCUAAGGAUAGCGGCAUUUCCUCUUCCUCCGCCGUUGGCAUCCCCGUCGUCUUUGUUCGUGACCCGGCUAUCAUCCGCCAGGUCCUCGUCCACAACUCGAACAGCAUCACUCGGCUGGCGCCCGAUGGCAGCGGCCCUUUCAACAUCAUGCAGCGAAUUACCGGUACCAUCGCCGCCUCUGCUAAUGGUGAGGACUGGCACCGCUGGCGCAAGGGCUUCCUCAAGGACUUCUCCAACGCGACCGCGCUCCGCCAAGCCUACGAUGAUAUACGACGCAUUGCCAAAAGACACGUCCAAGCAAUGCGAGAUGCAAGGUCGGGGUCAGAUCUUGGUCGGGUUAUGGAGGCCUAUGCCUUGGAUACUGUCUGGUCCGUUACUAUUGGAGACGACACUGUGUCGAAGUCCUCUGCGGACAUCACGGAUGUCAUGUCUGGCUAUGGUGACAUUGUCGGUAGCCCCUCACAUCUCUGGAGACACUUCCUUCGCAACUUCUUCGCUUUCAAGUCCUUCCAGGAUCCGGACCAUGUCGAGCGCAACGUCGGUGAGCAGAUCAACGGCGUCUUGCACAAGCUGCUGAACCGGAACCUCGCCAACCUCGACCCCGAAACUCUCUACUGCGAUGGCCGAAAGAACAACUUUCUGCGCAACACCUCGAAAGAGUCCGGGGGCACUUCGGAUCUUCCCGUCACUCAGGACGUUCUCGCCCAAGCACGCCAGGUCUUCUCCCUCGGCCACGAGGCUCCCACUCUGCUCCUGGUCUGGGCUAUCUACGAACUUAGCCUCCACCCCGACGUCAUCACCAAGUUGCGACAAGAGAUUCUUCAGAACAUGCCUGACAACGGCGACCUGGAUUUCGAGACCCUCCGAUCCAUGCCCUAUCUCGACGCCGUGACCUCAGAGCUGCUCCGGAUGCACCCACCCAUCUCAACUACUUCUCGCAUCGUAACGGAGCCCAUCCCGGUCCAGACGCGAACCAACGAUGCUGCCGUCAUUCCCGCCGGCGCACACCUGUUUGCCUCUAUCCACCUGCUCCAUCACGACAAGCUUGUGUGGGGCGACAAUGCUGACGAGUUCGUGCCUGAGAGGUGGGAAGGCCUCCGCGCCAGUGCGGCGGAGAGCCGUUGCGAGUACAUGCCCUUCUUGGCUGGACCAAGAGGAUGCCCCAGCUCCAACUUUGUCAUGGUCCAGAUGAAGACCAUGCUCGUUGAGCUGCUCACUCAAGUCGACAUCGAGCUCCCCAACUCGACCGGGUUGGAGAAGUGCAUCGGCGGCGUCGUGAAACCGAGCAGGCCCGUCGAGUACAGCCUGAAGGAGAUUUGUGUCUAG